AUGAAACGUUUUUUGCUUGUUAUACCAAUUCUAUCAAUGACAACUACGAGUUUCGGUAAAUCGCUUCUCAAGUACGAAUGGAAAUACCUAGAUAUUCUUUGGGACAGUCCGCGCCAAAAAGAAGAAGCGAUUUACUUUGGCAGAUACAAUCCUAACGUAGCUUUUUUAUACGAUAUAGAUAAGGCGGAUGAUGGUAGAGUAUUUAUUACUGCGAUGAGAGACAAAGGCAUACCAGUUGGUGUGCUGACCAUAACUGAGAAACAAGGAGAAGGUGGGCCACUACUACGUCCAUAUCCAGAUUGGUCUUGGUAUAAAGAUGAUUGUGAAGGAAUCACAGGUGGUGUUUAUCAAGUACAAAUUAUAUGCAAUCAUCUAUUCGUUGUGGAUGAGGGUAGAAUUGGGGACGAUCAAUUAUGCUUACCACAACUACUGAUCUUCGAAUUAUCAACUGAUAAAUUGGUUAAACGUGUUACUAUUCCGUUUAACAUUGCUCAUAAUAAAACUGGCAUCGGAUUGAUAGCUUCAGUUGCCGUUUUUGCCCCGUAUUGCCAAAAUGUGAAGGAUAAUGCUAUUGUAUUCAUAGGAGAUGUGGAAGGUGGUGGCUUAGUAGUAUAUAACGGGUAUACUUCAAAGUUAUGCAGAGUCGAAUCUGAUUUCAUGAAAUCAACUCAUGAAGCGAUCGUGUUAACAAACGAACGAUAUCCUAAUGACGACACUGUUUAUGGCAUGACAAUUAUUGAUGAAGAUUUAUACUAUGUCCCUUUCGCGGGAAGCAAAAUGUAUAAAACAAAAAUGUCGAACUUAAUAGAAUGUUCGCCAAAGGAUAUUAAUGAAGCUAACAAGGAAACUCAAUUGGUGGGUUCAUUAGAAGGCCAAACAGUUGCAAUAACGUCUAACAGAUGUGUAAUAUUUUUCAGCGAUAUUACAAAAACGUCUGUUAUGUGCGCAGACGCCACUAAGGAAAUUAAUUCCAAAAAUAAAGAGAUCGUCGCGUAUGAUCCAAAAAUGGAAUUUAUAAGCGGGAUGAAGAUUAGAAAUGGUGAAUUAUUAGUUCUAUCAAAUAGAUACCAUUUACAUGUCUACAAUGUAGUUUAUAAUAAUAACACUUUUGAUAGCAACGAGGUAAACUUCCGUGUUCUCUCGAUUCCCAUUGCAGAGAUAGAAAAGAAUACAAAAUGCUUUUCUUCUUGCAAAAUACUAAGGAAAUAAACCCGUGGAUUUACGGGCUCAUUAAAUGAAUUACAAGUAUAAUU